AAGGAGACCGAGGCUGAGGUCGCGUCGGGAAUCGGAGGUUUCCAGUCGCCAGGCUGAGGACUGCAAAUGCAGUUUGCUCGCCCCGCCGAAGGGUCUCUGCUUGUGCGUUUUUUUCUUUAAAGGGAAGGAGAGUGGAAGGAAGGAAGGGCAUACACAGAACACUGACUGGACGUGAAUUGGAGCAUUUCUGAUGUGAGGGGCGUAGCGAUUCUAGUUUCUUUCGGUUGCUUCGUUAGGUCAAGUUCGUUUCCGGAAGCUCCUCCCGCUUUGAUUGACUAGGGGGUUUGGCACAACUUGGCUGAAUUGAAGUGGGCUAGUUUGACCCGCUCCUGGUGGUUUCUUUCCUUUUCUUUUCUUUUGUAUUUGGAGGACGCUGCUUCAUCCCUGUCCAGGAUGGAAGUUUUGAAGUCUUGUGUACUUACAAGAAGUGUGUGUGCUGCCGCCGCCUGCUUCUGGAGAAGCAAAGCUAUCCCAAAGCGGCCAAUUAGAGAGAUUAGCACUACGCCUGCAAGGAGCACUGUCAUGCCCGCUUGGGUGAUAGAUAAAUAUGGAAAGAAUGAAGUUCUUCGAUUCAAUCAGAACAUGAUGUUACCGAUCAUACACUAUCCAAACGAAGUCAUUAUAAAAGUCCAUGCUGCCAGUGUAAAUCCUAUAGAUGUUAAUAUGAGAAGUGGUUAUGGAGCAACAGCUUUAAAUAUGAAGCGUGACCCUUUGCAUAUGAGAACCAAAGGAGAAGAGUUUCCGCUGACUCUGGGUCGGGAUGUGUCUGGUGUGGUGAUGGAGUGUGGGCUGGAUGUAAAGUAUUUCCAGCCUGGAGAUGAGGUUUGGGCUGCAGUUCCUCCUUGGAAACAAGGCACUCUCUCAGAAUUCGUUGUGGUCAGUGGGAAUGAGGUCUCGUAUAAGCCCAAAUCACUCACUCAUACUCAAGCUGCCUCUUUGCCGUAUGUGGCUCUCACAGCCUGGUCUGCCAUUAACAAGGUUGGUGGCCUGAAUGCCAAGAAUUGCAUGGGAAAACGUGCUUUAAUCUUGGGUGCCUCAGGUGGAGUUGGUACUUUUGCGAUACAGAUAAUGAAAGCAUGGGGUGCUCAUGUGACAGCAGUUUGCUCUCAGGAUGCCAGUAAACUUGUAAGGAAGCUUGGAGCAGAUGAAGUCGUUGAUUACACGUCAGGAAGUGUGGAAGAGCAAUUGAAAUCCUUAAAACUGUUUGACUUUAUCCUUGAUAAUGUUGGUGGAUCUACUGAAACAUGGGCUCUAAAUUUUCUCAAGAAAUGGUCAGGAGCCACCUAUGUGACUCUGGUGACUCCUUUCCUCCUGAACAUGGACCAACUGGGCAUUGCUGAUGGCAUGUUGCAGACAGGAGUCACCAUGGGAACCAAAACAUUGAAGCAUUUCUGGCAAGGAGUCCAUUACCGCUGGGCUUUCUUCAUGGCCAGUGGUCCAUAUCUAGAUGAAAUUUGCGAACUGGUGGAUGAAGGAAAGAUUCGGCCAGUUAUUGAACAAACCUUUCCCUUUUCUGAAGUCCCAGAAGCCUUCCUGAAGGUGGAAAGAGGCCACGCCCGAGGGAAGACUGUGGUUAAAGUCAUUUAAAUGAAUAUGUGCGUGCCAGCUGCUUUCCUCUUGCUGAGUGCCUGUGAUCCAGACAUCUAGCCCUCUAGAUAUUUUUCCAAGUUAGAUUCAAAAUUUCAUGAUGUGUUUAUAAACCUAGAUGUGGACUGGUGAGACGGCUCAGCAGAUAAAGAUGCUGGAAGUGCAAGCAUGGCUACCUGAGUUCCAUCCCUGGAACCCACAUAAAGAGGUGGGCGGGGGAGAGCUGACUGCACAGAACAUACCUCCACAAUGAUACAGAAAAUAAAUAAUUUUUUAAUGUUGUGUAUGUGUA